CUCUCACAGCGCUGUGGAGCAGUUUGAACAGAACAGCGGCGGUAAACAUUAACCUCACAGCCCAGCUGAUAGAAUAAUACACACUUUAACUGCUGAUUAAGGUGAUAAACCUCGCUGAGUAGAAACUCCGCGGUUUAGGAUAAUGAUAUGGCUUCAAAAUCCGACCAGCUUCUUAUCGUCGUUUCCAUUCUUGAAGGUCGUCAGUUCCCCAAAAGUCAGAGACAUACUCUGGUUGUUCAUGCAAAGUUUGAUGGGGAGGAGCUAGCCACAGACCCUGUGGAGCAUAAAGAACAGCCACAGUUUAGCACUGAGUUGGCAUGGGAGCUAGAUCGCAGAACACUUCAUCAGCAUAGACUCCAGCGGACACCAAUCAAGUUACAGUGCUAUGCAGUUGAUUCAAAUACAUCUGCAAGGGAAUGUGUUGGGUAUAUUGUUCUGGAUCUCAGAUCGGUACAGGAGGUUAAACAGCCUCCGAAGUGGUAUCCUUUGCUUAGCAGCAAAUACACCAAACUCAAGCCUGCUUUGUUUUUAAGCAUGGUCCUGGAAAAUGAUAACAAACAGCCACCAGAUCAGUUUAAAGCGAAGAAAGCGCCACCCAGACCAGCACCUUAUCCUUCAUGCAUGUUUCUUUUUCCAAAGUAUUUCUCAGGAUCUCCUGUCUUGGCAAAUCUAGAAUCUGUUAAAUUAGAAGCAGUUCUUCAUGAAGAUGAGGGAUACCAUCAGAUCGGUCCAGCAGAUCUUUGCAAGGACAUGUUUGUUUUGUCGGUCACUGUUGCCUUUGCCACCAAGCUGGAGCAGUUAAUAUCCAGUAGGACAAAGCUGGCCAGUGAAGGCUCAGAGUUCUUCUUCUUUUACUCUCUCCUGGGUAAUGAUGUCACGAGUGAACCUUUCCAGAAUCUCAUCAGUCCAAAUUUUGAGCCUGAACGAGCCUCAGUUCGUAUUCGCAGCAGUGAAAGGCUACUACAUGUCUUUCUCAGCCAGCAGAAAAACCUACAGAUCCAUCUCUGCUGUGGAGACCAGUCCCUGGGAAGGACUGAGAUCUCUAUUGCUGCACUGUCGAAGAGAAGCAUGGAUCUGACUAAGGAGGCAGCCACUAUUGAGGGAGCUUUUGUCUUGCAACCCCCAAAUCGUACCAAGCAGAGCCUUCAGUCUGUCCCACUGGAGUUACAACCAACAGUUGGGGUGGCAGUUACAUUAAGAAGAGAGGGUGUUGGUGUUGAGUUGCCAGGUGCACCUACUGAGAGUGGAGAUGGACCUAGGACACCAGUAAAGAAAGGCCCCGCAGUUGGUGUCCAUGUUGGCCCAACUAAUCCUGAGUUAAGACCACGUAGCCCAUCCCCCACACACAGAUCCCCUGUCCGUAGUCCAUCCCCUACCCAUAGAUCCGGUCCCCAUCGGUCUCCAUCACCGUCACACUCGGAGAGUGAGGCUGAGAGCCUGCCUGAUGACGUAGGGCAUGCUCAGCCAAAACAACCAGAAUUGCCUCUUACCACACAAGCUGCUGUUGUAGACAAGCCACUGGUAAGUGAUACAGCUCAGGAAGUUCAGGAAACCUCCAUAACUGUCUCUGCCCCAAAGAUUGCCAUCCCAGCCUCAGCACACCACUACUGCUUUUCCAUGGACCUGCGCAGCAUCAGAGAUCUGAAUGUGGGAUUCCCUGUGAACUGCAUGCUGAGAUAUGCCUACCAGUUCUUUGGGAGUGCAGCUCCUAUUAUGACCAAUCCUGCAGUGGAAGUAAAGAAGAACACAGAGGUGUUCCUACCUCAGUCAUACUGUGCCUUUGAUUUUGCUGCACUGCCUAAUCAACUUCAAGACACCUUCCUAAGAGUCCCCCUAGUAGUAGAGGUGUGGCAUCGAGACCCCAGUUCCAGAGACAUCUUGCUUGGCACAGCCAGCAUCCAACUCUCCCAUCUUCUUACCGCUGAGAAGACCCGCUUCAUUGGUCAGUCUGGUCAGCAGCAUUGGAGGCAGACUUACUCUGAAAGGCUACCGGUUAUCAAAGCACAAGGAUCAAACGAAAAGAUGGCUGAAUUGAAUUAUGUAGCAGUUCUGGAAGACAUGGGUCUAGUAAAAGCCCAAGACAUCCUCGUAUCUGAAUCUUCUUUGAGUGGUAAUCAAGUGCACCAGAAGACGGCGGUCCCUCCUCGGCAUAGUGGGGGCGAGGCGGCAGCCAAGUCUCGGGAGACUCUGGAGUACCAGGCAGCCCUUGAGCUUGAGAUGUGGAAGGAGAUGCAAGAAGACAUAUUUGAUAACCAGCUGAAGCAGAAAGAACUGAGCCACAUGCAGGCCUUGGCAGAGGAGUGGAGGAAGAGAGAUCGGGAACGGGAGGCACUUGUUAAGAAGAAGGAGAUGGAAUAUAAUUUGUUGGAAGAACAGCUCCAGAAGACACUAGCUGAUCUGGAAAAGCGGGAGAAGACUCUUGCUCAUGCAGAAAUAGAGACUCAGAGACUGCAGCGGGAGAUGCGUGCAGAGCAUGAGUUCAGCAUGCGGGAGCUGCAGGACAGUGGCCGGCGUUUGCGUGAAGACUGUGCUCACCAGGUGGAACUGGAAAGGUCAAAGGUCAGGCAGCUUGAAGAAGACCUUGCCCGGCAGCAACAGCAGCUUACAGAAGCUGAAAAGAAAUACAAGCUGUUGGAAAAAGACUUUCAACAAUAUCGUGACCAGCAGAACACUCGGCCUGAAAUCCGCUUGCAGUCUGAGCUCAACCUGCUUCGGCUGGAGAAGGGGGAGCUGGAGCGGAAAUUGGAAUCAACAACAAAAUCUAAACUUCAUUAUAAGCAGCAGUGGGGACGUGCCCUGAAAGAGUUGGCAAGAUUUAAGCAGAGAGAGCAGGAGAACGCUAUGAUACGGCUGAAGAAGCAGCAGCAGGAGUUGGAGCACAUGAGGCUGCGCUACCUGGCAGCCGAGGAGAAGGAAGCUGUCAAGAAUGAGAAACACGAGCUACAGGACAUCCGCAAUGAGCUGAACAGGCUAAAGCAGCAGGAGGAGAAGAGGACGUGGACCGAGCCAGCUGGUGUCUCUCUAAACGAGAGUGCUGAUGACCACUUGAGUCGCCUGCUGGAGGAGAGAGAUACGCUGCUGCGCACAGGUGUAUACACACACGAGGACCGAAUCAUUGCUGAACUCAACAGGCAGAUUAAAGAGGCCAUGGCCAACAGACCUCCAAACUAAUAGGCUAGUAUUUAGGCAUUACCACAUUCCUCAAUAUGAUUUAUCAAACUACAACAAUAUUGAUACGAAAUUUGGCGCAUUCCAAAAAAGCCAAAUGAAAGUCAAAUGAAGUCAUAUACAUCAGUAUUUCUCAGUCUUGGUCCUAGAGGCCCACUGCCCUGCACCUUACAGUGUUUUCCCUGUUCCCAACACACCUUAUUCAGCUAAUCGGCUCAUUAACAGCCCAUUAUUGAGUUAAAGCAGGAAAAGCACUAAAUACAAAAUGUGCAGGGCUGUGGGCUUUCAGGACCAAGGUUAAGAAACAUUUAUAUGUAUGUACACCUUCUAAUUCUAUUUGUAUAUUUUGAAGCCAUUUUUAAGCUUUCGAAAAACAAUAAUGGUACCCAAUUUACUGUGAUUGUAUUGUGAGUUAGUGAUUGGGUCAUUACACCAGAUGGCACUAUCUCUCAAGAAAUAGUUACACAAAUAUUUUUUUCAUUUUUCAUAAAUUUUUCAUUGUUGAAGAUGUAUGUCCCUAUUUAUUGUAUGUUGUAACUUGAAAGUAUGUGUUACUUUUAUAUUUUUGUGUAAUAAAUUAUUUUGUAAUGC